CUCCGGUUACCAUCCCGGCCGGGGGAGUCGGUUCGGGCCAUGGCUGCCCGCUGACAGAGCCCGACGGGUGGAGAAGGAGGCGAGGCCGCCCUCGGCACCCUUCCCGGCCUCGCCUUCUCCGUCGGAGCUGCCACUGCCCCCGUCGGCCAAGCCGGGGAGAUGAGUUGGUUCAACGCCUCCCAGCUCUCCAGCUUCGCCAAGCAGGCUCUGUCCCAGGCCCAGAAGUCCAUCGACAGGGUCCUGGACAUCCAGGAAGAAGAGCCGAGCGCCUGGGCCGAGACCAUCCCUUACGGAGAGCCGGGAAUAAAUCCCUCUGUUGGUGGAGGAUGGGACACUUCAACUUGGGGCUUACAAUCAAAGACUGAACCUCAGAGUCCACCGAUAGCCUCCCCUAAAGCAAUCACAAAGCCUGUUCGGAGGACUGUGGUGGAUGAAUCUGAAAGUUUCUUCAGUGCCUUUCUCUCUCCAGCGGAGGUCCAGACCAUUCCGAAGAGUCCAGUGGUAUCAACCCCUCCCGCUAAGUCACAACGACCAGAGGAGGAAGUGAAAAGCACUUUACAGGAAUCCUUGCACACUGGAGAGUCGAGAACAACUGAAAUGGUAGAGUGUAAAAUAAAAGACGCCCCUGUGUGUGCAUCAGGGGAAACUCUGGCCGUAGAUACUCCAUCAACUGAAACUGAAGUCAAGCAUGAAGACAUGGUCAACCAGGCAUCUGAUAUCCAGGGUCCAGCUGGACAUUUGGGCGUCUCUGAAAGUGUAACUAGUGUGAAAACAACUCCGGAAAGCAGCUCUAACAUUUCCACACAGUCUCUCACAGCAGAAACAAAGGACUCGGCUUUGGAACCUAAGGAACAGAAACAUGAAGACAGACAGAGCAACACACCGUCUCCUCCUGUUAGUGCCUUCUCCUCAGGUACUUCCACCACCAGUGACAUUGAGGUUCUCGAUCAUGAAAGUGUAAUAAGCGAGAGCUCAGCAAGUUCAAGGCAAGAAACGACAGAUUCCAAAUCAAGUCUUCACUUGAUGCAGACAUCUUUUCAGCUUCUCUCUGCAUCUGCGUGUCCGGAAUAUAACCGUUUAGAUGAUUUCCAAAAACUCACUGAGAGUUGUUGCUCGUCCGAUGCAUUUGAAAGAAUUGACUCAUUUAGUGUCCAGUCGUUAGAUAGCCGGAGUGUAAGUGAAAUCAAUUCAGAUGAUGAAUUGUCAGGCAAGGGAUAUAAUUUAGUACCUGUUGUCCUUAAUUCUUCAACUCCAAAGACGAAAGUAGCAGAGCCUGCUGGAAGAAAAUCUGAAGACGUAAAUGAGACACUUAUAUCCACAGAAGAAACGGAAAUGGAAGAAAGUGGGCGAAGUGCAACUCCUGUUAACUGUGAGCAGCCGGAGAUCUUGGUUUCUGCUGUGGCAGUCAACGAAGGCAAUGUCGUGGACAAGAAGGCUGAGCCGAGCCAAGCUGCUGAAAGUCAGCCCGAAGCACCUCCAGACAAGGACGACGUUUGCAAGACAGUUGAUUUUCUGAAUGAGAAAUUGGAGAAGAGGGAGGCUCAGCUGUUAUCGCUUAGUAAAGAAAAGGCCCUUCUAGAAGAAGCCUAUGAUAAUCUGAAAGAUGAAAUGUUCAGAGUGAAAGAAGAAAGCAGUAGCAUUUCUUCCUUAAAAGAUGAAUUUACUCAAAGAAUUGCAGAAGCAGAAAAGAAAGUUCAGCUAGCCUGCAAAGAGAGAGAUGCUGCUAAAAAGGAGAUCAAGAGUGUGAAAGAAAAACUUGCCACGAGGUUAAAUAGUGGUGAAGCUACAGACCUUUUGAAAGAGAAAGAUGAACAGAUCCGAGGGUUAAUGGAAGAAGGAGAAAAACUUUCAAAGCAGCAGUUGCAUAACUCUAACAUCAUUAAGAAAUUAAGAGCUAAAGAGAAAGAAAAUGAAAAUGUUACUGUAAAGCUCAACAAAAAAGUUAAAGAGUUUGAAGAGGAGUUGCAACAUUUAAAACAGGUACUCGAUGGCAAAGAAGAGGUUGAGAAACAACACAGAGAAAACAUUAAGAAGCUCAGUUCCGUGGUAGAGCGUCAGGAGAAGGAUCUCGGCCGGCUUCAGGUCGACAAGGAUGAACUGGGAGAAAAGAGCCGAAGUAUUCAGGCUGCCCUCGAUAGUGCAUACAAAGAACUUACUGAUCUUCACAAAGCCAAUGCUGCAAAGGACAGCGAGGCACAGGAAGUUGCUCUGAGUCAUGGAGUGAAAGCUAAAGAAGAGCUUUCUGCAGCACUGGAGAAGGCCCGAGAAGAAGCCCGUCAGCAGCACGAAGCAUUAGCGGUUCAGGUGGGGGACCUCAGGCUGGCACUGCAGCGAGCCGAGCAAGCAGCCGCCAGGAAAGAGGAUUACUUACGUCACGAGAUCAGUGAACUCCAGCAGAGACUCCAGGAAGCAGAGAAUCGAAACCAAGAACUGAGUCAGAAUGUUUCAUCAACAACAAGACCGUUACUUCGCCAGAUAGAGAAUUUGCAAGCCACAUUAGGGUCCCAGACAUCUUCGUGGGAGACGUUGGAGAAGAGUCUUUCCGAUAGGCUAGGUGAAUCCCAGACUUUGCUGGCAGCAGCAGUUGAAAGAGAGCGUGCAGCUACAGAAGAACUCCUGGCCAACAAGAUUCAAAUGUCUUCCUUGGAGUCACGGAAUUCUCUCUUAAGGCAAGAAAGUAGUAGAUUUCAGGUCCAGCUCGAGGCGGAGAAAAAUAAGCUGAGAAAGUUGGAGGAUGAAAAUAACCGGUACCAAGUUGAAUUAGAAAACCUAAAAGAUGAAUAUGUCAGAACACUAGAAGACACAAAAAAAGAAAAGGCACUGCUGAUUAGUCAGUUGGAAAUGGAGAAAAUGAAACUUGAACAAGAAAGGAAGAAAGCAAUUUUCACUCAAGAAGCACUGAAAGAAAAGGAACGCAAGGCAUUUUCUGUUUCUAGUACUCCCACAAUUUCACGCUCAAGUUCAAUAAGUGGAGUUGAUAUGGCUGGGCUUCAAACAUCUUUUCAGUCUCAGGAUGAGCCUCAUGAUCACUCAUUUGGACCCAUGUCGACAUCAGCAAAUGGCAGCAAUCUUUACGAUGCUGUAAGGAUGGGGGCAGGGUCGAGCGUCAUUGAGAAUUUGCAGUCUCAGCUAAAGCUGAGGGAAGGAGAAAUUACUCAUUUGCAGCUAGAAAUUAGCAAUCUGGAAAAAACCCGAGCGAUAAUGGCUGAAGAGCUAGUUAAGUUAACAAAUCAAAAUGAUGACCUUGAAGAGAAAGUGAAGGAGAUACCCAAACUUCGAACUCAGCUAAGAGAUCUGGAUCAGCGCUACAACACUAUUCUGCAGAUGUACGGAGAGAAGGCAGAGGAGGCAGAGGAACUUCGACUAGACCUUGACGAUGUGAAAAACAUGUACAAGACUCAGAUAGAUGAGCUUUUAAGACAAAGACUCAGUUAACUUGUGAACAUUUCAUUCCGAGUACACUGAAUGGAAACACCUCAUAUCUAAAUGUAGAGUUCCAAUAAAUUCUUGUAAAGAAAUAGGAAAUGGAUUUUAAUUUACUGCAAUUUCAGGAUUUGAACAGAUUGCUUUACAGUGUGCAGUCCUGUUUGCAGUUAAAUUAUCUCGUGCAAUAUUUGACUUUAUUUUUGAAACUCUUUGUUAAAAAUUAAUUUUUUAAAGUGCCCAUUUUAUUUUGCCUUGUAUAGCACAGAAAUUUAUUACUUAAUCCUUAUCAAUGUGGCUAUGGAAGGAGAACGGUGUUCAUGUGUAUUAUAGAAAUAUAACUAAUUGUAUCUAUAAUUUGUAUGUGUAUGUAUAUAUUGAAAACAUUUAAAGAGUAAUAUUAGUAUACCGAAACAUGGACUCUUUCACUAAAUCUCCAGCAUUGGAGAUUUAACAUCUAGUCUGAAGUAACUAGAUUUAACAUCUAGUAAUGAAAAUGUAGAUUAAGCGUUGAAAAAAGUUACUUGCAGUUAUUAAACUUUGACCUUAUUUUACUAUUUUUUUAAUGUAUAAAUCAAACUGAUGAUGAAAUUUAGCAGGCAAAUAAGUCAAAUAUUUAAAUUCCUUUGAAAGUUUUCUGAAUUUCAUGCUCUUGGUGUAGUACUUAGCACAUGAACUAGCUUUCUGUUGCCUGUCCUGAGAGAGCUGCAGCUGUUCAAAGUUAAUGGAGCAUCAGGAGAACUUUACUUACUCUGAUGGUUAAAUCAGUAACAUUUAAGUGAUUUUGAAGGGAUAUUGUUUUACUACCCUAGACAGUUAAUAAAAUGCUACGUAAUUAUUCAUAUAAUUUAUUCUUUAAAAAUUACUUGAUUGCAUUUUCUAAAUCCAGAUCUUUGUCACAUUAAAUAUUGAGUGUUUACUAUUACAGAAUAUUUAUAACAAGACAGCUAUAAAGGCAGGAGUUAAUUUAAAUUUGGUAUUUUGCAAUUCUGUAAAAUGUACCCUUUUCUUCCUUAACUCAGAAAAUAGAAUAGCUUUAAAAAUUGCUAUGCCUUCUUUCAAAAUGUUAGUUCAUUCAGAAUCUAACCUGUGUUUCAGACCUGUGAAAUAUGUUAAUGAUUUUACUAUUAAAAGUUAUUUAACUGCCUUUACCUGCAACUAAAAACUGUCAUUUGAUUUUCAGUUAAAUUUUAAACACCAGUUUUUUUAGAGUGUAACUUAAGUAUAAAUCAUGCUGAAGAAUUUGGGUAAGUUCCAGGUUAAUUAAAGUGACCUCAUUUUCUUUCUUUUUGUACUCCAGAAAGCAUUUCGUCGUUUCAUUUCUGAUUAACAGCUUCAAUAAAUAGUCGAUACGUGUGAGCCAAAUUCAUAGGAUGACUUCUCUGUAUUUCAGUGGUGAAAAGGCAGACCGAUAUCUGUUUCUUCUGACUAUUUAGGGGCAGAAUGUCAAAACUGAUAGCAAUAAAAAAAUGUAUAGUGUAAGAAAAUUUAGAUAACUUCAAUUGCAGAAUUCUUUUAGCAUUUGAAACUGAGUAAAGAAAUUUUGAAAUUGUUCUUUUACAAUAUCCAACAAUGAACCAAAAAAGGAAAAAGUACUAUAAUUUCAUAUUAUUUUUUCUUAAUCCUUCUUAAUCUUAAUAAAAUUGCUUUAAUA